AAAGAGAGGAUGGAUGCAUGAAUGCAUGGACUGAUGAGUGGAUGCAUGGAUGUAUGGAAACCGGCUACAGCAGGUGUGUUUUGUGCAUGUCUCAGUGGUCCGUUCUUCAGCUGGUCGCUGUAUUCAGGACCGUCGCUACGGACUUUACGUAAGAUGUUGCGCUGGGUGCAGCAUCCGUCCCUCUGUACGGCCACGACGCGCACGAGCUGCCUGCAUACACUUACAAAAAUGCGCCAGUAGGUUUCUAUCCCGGAUAAUCAAAUUACAUUCGAUUUUCACACUUUACAGCGAGCGACUGCAUCGUUUUUGUUCCAGCGGUGGUAUGAUCUGUUAACUAUAUAUUCACCGUCAUUCACCGUGUCCGCGCGCACUGACGCGCUCCGGAUCUGUGAGAGACACCGAAUCAACGGGGGGAAAAUCAUUAGAAGAAGAUUCGUCGAGGAGAAAGGAAAAGGUUUAAUAAGUUUCCAUAUGGUUAUGAUGUGCAUGAUUCAUUAGAAGAGGAUCCGGAUGAUGUGAUGGAUGCAUGAGAGGAGAACGUAAGCAAGGCCAGUGCUGACUGUGAUGAUUCUGAUGGCAAGCAGAAGACUCCCGUAGCAGCAUCCAGUGCUGUUGACAACUGUGUGGAUUACACUUUGAUACCUGAUUCCACAAGUUAAUCGUAAAAAAGAAAGGGGCAGGACAUGACUCAGUUGCCAUGCAGGCUGCUAUGGUAACAGUCCUUUUCAGCCCCUCCCCCCUCAUCUGGUUGGUCCAACUGUUGUUGUGGCCACACCUCCUUGGGCCUAGAUUGGCUGAAGCCAGUCCCGCCUGCCCUGCUCUCUGUAGCUGUUCCAACCAAGCCAGUCGAGUGAUCUGUACCAGAAAAGGCUUGAACGAAGUUCCACAGAGUAUCUCGUCCAAUACUCGAUACCUCAACCUCCAGGAGAACACCAUACAGGUGAUCAGGUCAGACACCUUCAAGCACCUAAAUCAUCUGGAAAUUUUACAGUUGUCUAAGAACCAGAUUCGUCAUAUAGAAGUGGGAGCUUUCAAUGGCCUUCCCAAUCUUAUCACCCUGGAGCUUUUUGACAAUAGACUGCCACUGGUACCAUCACAGGCGUUUGAGUACCUGAGCAAGCUGCGUGAACUCUGGCUAAGGAACAACCCCAUAGAGACACUCCCAGCGUACGCUUUCCACCGUGUGCCGUCACUGCGAUGGUUAGACCUUGGCGAGCUGCGCAAACUCAGUUUCAUCUCGGAGGCUGCAUUCGAGGGGCUGCUGAACCUACGUUUCCUGAAUCUAGGCAUGUGUGGGCUUAAGGAUGUACCCAACUUGACGCCUCUCGUGCGGCUAGAGGAAUUGGAGCUGUCAGGAAACCAACUGGGUGUGGUGCGUCCUGGAUCUUUCCAAGGCCUUGUGUCUCUUCGCAAACUGUGGCUCAUGCACUCUCAGAUCUCCGUCAUUGAGAGGAAUGCCUUUGAUGACCUCAAGAACCUGGAGGAGCUCAAUCUGUCCCAUAACUCUCUGCAUUCGUUGCCCCAUGAUCUCUUCACUCCACUGCAACAGUUAGAGCGCGUCCAUCUGAACCACAACCCUUGGGUUUGCAACUGUGAUGUUCUGUGGUUGAGCUGGUGGCUUAAAGAAACUGUUCCUGAUAACUCCACUUGUUGUGCACGUUGCCAUGCCCCACCGGGUACUAAGGGCAGGUACAUUGGUGACCUCGAGCAGCGAGACUUCACCUGCUAUGCACCUGUGAUUGUGGAGCCACCCACUGACCUGAAUGUGACAGAGGGAAUGGCAGCGGAGCUGAAAUGCCGCACUGGGACAUCCAUGACUUCUGUUAAUUGGUUGACCCCCAAUGGAACCUUGAUGACCCAUGGAGCCUACAAGGUCCGGAUCUCAGUCCUACAUGAUGGAACCCUGAAUUUCACCAACGUGACCAUGCAAGACACAGGACCGUACACCUGUAUGGUCACCAACUCUGCUGGCAACACCACAGCAACUGCUGUGUUGAACGUCUCUGCAUCUGACCCAGGCAACGGCUACAGCUACUUCACAACUGUUACCGUUGAAACCCUAGAGACUGGGCAAGAUGGCCACGAUUCAGCACGGCAGUUCGUCAAUGAGACGUUCAUUAGUAUUCCAGGGCCGACGGCUGCAUCUGCAUCAACAGGUCCCACUGGUUCAAUGCUGUCCUCCUUGUCACCGCGAGCUACGCGUGCACCCGAUCACCCUUUCACGGUCUCCAUCACGGACAUCGCCAACCUCUCAGGUCUUGAGGACGUAAUGAAGACGACCAAGAUCAUCAUCGGUUGCUUUGUGGCCAUCACCUUCAUGGCGGCCGUGAUGCUGGUCGUCUUCUACAAGCUUCGCAAGCAGCACCAACUGCACAAACACCACGGCCCGGCAUGCGCCAUUGAGAUCAUAAACGUUGAAGAUGAGAUAGGAUCUUCUGGUGGGGCUAGUGGCAUCACGGGAGGGAGCACCAUCCACACAGGUGCAGGAUCUGGUGGAGGAAGCGGGCAGAGUCCGAGGAAUCAUGACCCUGAGAUCAUGACCCUACCGAGUGUUGGGCAAGCGGACCACCUGAACCACUACUACAAAACGCACCACUUUAACAACAACAUACUGGGCUUGAACAUGGUUUCUGGAAUGCUCAACAACAAACCCAACCCUUCCUCCCAAAAUCAGGCUUCGACCAUGAAAAUGGGGAUUUCCAGUGACCCCUCCAACCCUGGCUCGACCUCACCUCCCCUACCAAUUCCCAUCCCAAUGGCGAUGACUUUCCAUGGAACUUUGAAAGGCCUUAGUCACGUUCCCAAUUUGCAGACUGAGCCGCUGUUGCUAUCGAAUGGCUCCAAGGAGAGCGUUCAGGAAACCCAGAUCUGAUUACCCUCGCAUACACAUGCACACGCAGGAAGGGAAGUAGACUGGUUUUAAACCAGUGUGACUGUCAAGUCUUUGCAGUCUUGGACAUUAUGGAACUCCAUCCCUUUCCGACAGAUUCUAUGGAAUAUUCCACUCAAUGAACAAAAAGACAGGCUUUUACUGAUGAAGUGGACAUGGCACUACUGAGUACAUAUGUGCCAAAGCAAGCGUCUUUUUUGCAGUUCUUAUGAGUUGUGUCCACGUAUAAAAAAUAUAGUCUAUAUUAAAGUAGUGUAAUUACUUAAGUGUUGGUUUGCCACAGUCCAGCGACACCGAGUACACACAUCGAUGUACAACAGCUAACAGACCUGUAUAAAAGCAUACACACAUUUACACUUCCCAGAGGUUGACAUCAUUAUUCAUCAUACUCACCUCAGUAGGUAGUGUACCUGUGUGUGUGUGUGUGUGUGUGUGUGUGUGUGUGUGUGUGUGUAAGGGACAGUAUUAACUGAGACUAAUUCAAAAAUAAAGACUUAAACUGCUGUGAUCCAGAACACAUGCUCAUGCUCACUCUGCUUCAUGAUGACAUUCUGAAUCUAGCACAAGUGAGGAUCAGUUCAUAAGCUCAGAAAUCUGAACUCUAAAAGACACCAGUUUCAAGGUGACAUACACUUUCAUCAUCCCUAGAGGAGAGGGCAGAGAGAAGAAGUCUUUCCAUGUGAACAAUAAGAGUACUUGGCUGCUCUCCUCUGCAAAGGUAAAACAGCACCUGCCGACAAGCCGCUGUAGUGCAAACUCUCUGUGCAGAUCUGCGUUUGAAGAGAUCUUGAGUGUCAUAUGUUUGUAUUUUUCGCCUGAAUUGAAGAGUAACAACAGUGUGUAAGGGCUAUUUCACUGGCAUUUGAUGUGUGCAGAACGUGUCUGGACUUAAAGUCAACAUGAAACACCAUUCGCAACCCAUUUAACUUCUGUAGUAUUUCUAUGUGAAACAGGAUAUUCAUUGGACGCAGGGCGGGUCUUGACUUUAUUCAUCAGGAAUUGAUUGGAUCAUGAAAAGUGGGCAUACCAGAAUGGAGUCAAGAGGGAUUCGUGACAGUAGCCGAAAUGGAAAGUCGUUUCAGAGGCAGAGCAGGUUACAUUUUAAUAAAAGAUUCUGAAGAUAUUUUUUUUUUUUACUUGGCAUAAUGUGCACCGAUGCACAAUAAGGAAAGUGUGUUAAUGUAAACAGCGUCUAUUUUGAGUUCAUGUUGACUUUAAUAUAAGCUGUAUUAAAGCUUUGAAAUAUACUGGGAUACGCAGCACAGGAGAUUUCACCAACAUGAAAAUUUUAGAUUUUUAACAGAGAGAGAAUGAAAGACAUUGUGAAAAUGUCCAGAUUUUUCUGAUGAAAGAUUUUGCAAUAUGACAUGUAAUGUAAAGAUUUUCAAGUAUACUGUUUAUAGACCAAAUCGCUGGGUUUGGGAAUCAGGGUUCAGGGAAUGGGAAUAAUAUCGCUCUUGGGCCGCUUCAAAUUUAACAUUAGCCAUCCAUUUGGGGAAACUUGUAUGCCUCACUUUCAGAGAGUAUUUUCUUUGAAGAGAUUCGCGGACUGACAGGUCCUUCGUGGGAGCCAUACAACAACUGCUGACUACAUAAAGCGUUCUAUUCAUCUUUGAAUGGCUUUGAAGUUGUAUAAUAACAAUGUGCAAUGUGCCAUUAAUUGGAGUAGAGUACACAUGCGUGUAAUAUUGUAAUUGCUGCAUUAAACUUUAUUCGGUUUUUCAUUUCCAAUUCAUCAUCUUUUAUCAGAUUGUUGGUGUUAAAACUGAUUCAUCAUUUUUCAAAUGCUGGGACCUUCCUUGAAUCAAAUUUGGGCAAUUGUUUUUUGCAUUAAUUUAUUAAGUUUGAUUAAGGACAACUUUUUGAUGAAGUGCUAUACAUAGAUUUAUAUUGUAUCCAACCAGUCCUUCAAAUGUCUCCCUGCUAUUCUUCAUAUGGAAUUAUAGGGCAAACUAUAUAUUUUUCUGCUUAUUUUAUUGCUUUCCAUAUUUCUCCCUACAGUAUGAAAGCUGAUUGUGUUUGAAUAUCCAGUGGAGUUGCUUAGCAACAACAUCAUUGCCAGGAAAUACUCUUAAAAGCUUAUUGUAGCACCUGACCCUCAUCUACUGAUGCGGAACAUAGGUAGAUCAGAAUUACAUCAGUAUCACAUAAGUAAAAGCUUAGUUAAUGUGAGGACCGUGUUCCCUUUUCCUCGCUUUGUGUCCUUGACACCAGAAAUCGGAAUUGAAACAUGCACAUCUUUUGGUGUAUGUGAUCUUAACAAACAAAUACACAGACAGGCAUAUUUGUAUUCAUCUUGGAUGUAAUAUUUGAACAUUUUAGCCUAUUUAAUGCUAGCAAAUUGAAAGAUUUUGGCAUAGCACAUCCAUGUAAUUCCAAAUGCAAUGCUAAAGCUACAUAAACAACCAGUUUCUACAAAUGAGUCCUGAUUUGCUACAUGCUAUUGCUAAUUAGUGGUAUUUCGUGAGGAAGAUUCUCAUUCUAGAGUAUUUUAUUGGACAUACAACUGAGUGCAAGAUGAGUCAUUGAUUCAUUUUCCUGAAAGAGAAAGUCUGAAGUUUUUAAAUGCAUAUAUAUCUGAUCAUUUUGGAGAUUAUUUUGUAAGUGCACCAGCAUAUAGCUAACAUACAUUGACUAAAAGCCACAAAUGGAGUCUUUGCUUGAAUUAGACUUGCAUUUGAGCCUUUCCAUACCUCGUUUUAUAUUAUAUAAACAAACUUGUGAAAUGUUAAAUGGCCAAACGCUUACCUGCCCAAGAUCAUGAGGCAUUGAAUCAGUACGUUCAGAUGUGUGUCGUCCUGUAGCAGGUUGUAUUCUCAUCUAUGCAUCCUCUCUGUGGCCAGCAAAAUCACAUUACCUUUACAGCUACUGAGAGACAAUUCAUCUAAACCUUUCUCCAUUUUCGAAAGCUGCUCUAAACUGAUUUCACUGGCUGUGAGAUGAAGACACUGGGGCUGAGACCCGUGUUGAAGCUGUUUCUGAAUCAGCACAGAAAGAUUGUAUUAUGACUAUUAUAUGAAGCGGUAUAAUCACUGUAGACUCUUAAUGUGGUGGGUCUCUCUCCGUCUCUCUCUCUCUAUAUCACCUUCUCACACUGACCAUGUGUUCAUGUAUUGCCAUGUAUAUAAUCUAAAGAUGUAAAUAUUCUCUAUUUUUUGACUUACCAUUAGCAGAACAUGCGUUCUUCAGGAUUUGAAACAGAAUGAAGUUUUUUGGAAACUAUCUGCAUUUCUCUCUCCUUCUAUUUAUGUGUGAAUCUCAUGAAAACAGACCAUAUUUCACCACAACAUCAAAUGAAUAGAAUUGUGUUGUGCAUAUAAAAAAAUAAUCCUUUGGACCAUAACGUUUUUUUUUUUUUUUUAUAUGUGACAUUUCAUUUUAUGAUAAUCAAAUUAAUUUUACCGCUAGUGUUGUAUGGAUAAUUAAUUUUUGAUUUUGUUUGUAAUUCCCAUAUUGUAUUGUAGAUUGUCAUUACUGUAAUAAAUUACAAAAUUACUAUUAUACAUAAAAUAUAUAAUUUUUCAUAUAAAUUAGCAUAAAGUGGUGAGUGCAGCAAACAGUACUAUUAUAUUACAAAUGUUUUGCAAUUUUGAGAAUGCUUUCUUUUGUUGCAGUCUUUUGAUUAAAUGUCACAUUGUGAAAAAAAAUAUAAAAAUAGGCUAAAUAAUACAAUUUUGUGGUGAAAUUUUAGCAGUUUUUUGCAAAUUUUAUGAGAUUCACUCAUAUAUUUCUCUGUAUCUCUAUCUUUAGAACAACACACACCUCAAAAAAAAAAAAAUUAAAGUUCAUCUUUUUGCAUCAAAAAAUACAGUACCGCUGAUAUCGGCUCUGUUCCAUUCAGCUUUGAUCUUCAUCUGUUUAUCUAUUUAUUUGUACUGAGUAUUUUUAGUUAAUUUGCUUUGUUUUCUAUGUUGAUGCUGUGUGGUUGGGCUGUGGAGAGCUAGUUGAUUGGCCAUCAGUUCCGGGUCAAAGGUUGUGGCAAAUGCUUAAUUGUGCGUGUGAGCCUCUGCACUAUGCCAUUCGCUACACAGAUGCUCUUUACCAAUAAAACAUGGACAUUUUGGCUUUAGAA